AUGAAUGCGGAGACAGAAAAUGUCGACGCACGCAAAAUUGGGAUGGAUCUCCCGAAAACCAUAUGCGGCAACCAAUGCGAGAACGUCACCAAAGUGAGCGCCUUCCAGCUAAGGCCUCCUGAUCCAAACAACACCUUUUUAAACAGACCAUUCAUCCACGAAAGAGCAGUAAACGAAAGUGACUCCCUCAAUCUAAGAAUGGUGCUCAACAUAAAUGACUCAAUAAAUGAAAUGUACGGUUUUGACAUGACGAUCAAUGAAACAUAUUCAAAUUGUAGUUUUGAAAAUGGAACGUGUGUUAGUGAUGUGCAUUAUAACUUCUGGGCGUUAUCGCUUUUAGUGUUCCCUCUAUUAACGUUAUUUGGUAACGUGCUAGUUAUUAUGAGUGUGGCUAAGGAGAGGAGUUUACAAACUGCAACUAAUUACUUUAUUGUGAGUCUAGCUGUGGCCGACUUGUUGGUUGCAGUAGUAGUGAUGCCAUUCGGGGUAUAUUAUUUGUUUAACGGAGUGUGGGGCCUUCCAGCGGUGGUCUGCGACUGUUACAUAGCGAUGGACGUCACCUGUUCCACCUCUAGCAUAUUCAAUUUAGUCGCCAUUUCUGUAGACAGAUACAUAGCAGUAACUCAACCAAUCAAAUACGCGAAACACAAAAGCAACGGUCGAGUAUGGCUCAUGAUUGGAGUGGCUUGGCUGGUCUCCGGAGCUAUAGGAUCCCCCAUAGUGCUAGGUCUCAACAACACCCCAGAUAGGAGCCCUAACCAAUGCCUGUUCAAUAACAUCAACUACGUGAUAUACUCGUCAUUGGGAUCCUUCUACAUUCCAUGCAUCAUCAUGAUGUUUUUAUAUUAUAAUAUUUUUAAAGCAAUACGCCAAAGAGCUAAAAAGCAAAGAAUAGCCAAGAAGACUGCCUCUGCCAUCAGCUCGGCGGUGUCCAGCGGCACUGCGGCGGUGGUCAUAGAGAACGUGGCUCAAACUCGGGUAGACGGCAAUCUGCAGGAAGACAAGCCCACUAACACUGCUUCUGGAAGCAAUGAGGAUGAAGACGAUGACAACUUUGGUAGAACAGAAAUGGGCGCAUACGCAGAAGAGCUGGUCAAUUCAAGGUCUGCUCGCUUCAUGUUGGCUGCUGUAGUCGAGGAGACGGGCUUAAUAAUGGCGAACCUAGCAUCGCCCAUCCCAAUGAUGGACCCCAAUACCAACAACGACUCAGGGUACGCGCCUUCCAACCUCGAUGGGGACAAGGAGCACACUCCACCAGCCUCUCCCACUAAAGAAAAGAGAGAAGAAGAGAAGAAUGGAGAUAAAACUGAAGGAAAAGGAGAUGUGCCGAAAAAACCUGAACUUAAGAAGAAGCUCAGCCGACUCAGCAGCAGCUCCAUGAUUUCGACUCCAAGAAGGCGGUUCAGGAGCGCCGCUUCAGCAGCCAGGUUCACCAUCUUCAGGGCAAACAGGGCCGGCAAACUGAGGGCUAAGUCCUUUGCCAAGAAGGAGAAGAAGGCUACGCAGACGCUGGCUAUUGUAUUAGGUGUGUUCCUAUUCUGUUGGGCGCCAUUCUUCACGUGCUCCGUCCUCGACGCUCUCUGCGCCAUGUUUGACCUGCCAUACUCUCCAGGGGUCACCGUCUUCAUCCUCACAACGUGGCUUGGCUACAUCAACUCCUUCCUUAACCCUGUCAUCUAUACUAUCUUCAACCCGGAAUUCAGAAAGGCCUUUAGGAAAAUCCUGCAUUGUGGUACCUAG